AUUAGAUGAAGAAAUGGUAGGCCAUGUAUGUGAUUUUAGUGUGACAAAGUUGUUAACUAAGGAGGAGAGCUUCAAGCAUACCGAAACUCUAGCAACACUAGGCUAUAUGGCACCAGAGUAUGGAUCCACAGGAAUGAUAUCAACACAAUGUGACAUUUAUAGUUUUGGAAUUGUGGUAAUGGAAACAUUUUCAGCAAGAAGGCCCACAGAUGAAACAUUUGGUGAAGAUAUGAGCAUGAAAAGUUGGAUAAGUUAUUCUUUGCCUCAUGAUGUACUUCAAGUUGUAGAUCCCAACUUACUAAGGGCAGAUGAUGAAGACUUCAAUGUGAAAUUGCAGUGUAUAUCCUCCAUAUUAGAAUUGGCAUUGCAUUGUGCAGAUGAAUCCCCUCAAAUCCGAUUAAAUGCAGAAGAUGUUGUAGGAAGACUGAAUAAAAUCAAACUUCAAUUUCUAUGAAGUGUUGGGACCUGAUAAAAUUGAAAUGAAACAGCUGAAAAGAUUACCUUGAAAGGAUGCAGUUGUCACCGUUCCAGGUAAAAUUGAGUAAUACUAUCUAGUUCUUGUCUAGAGUAGCAGUUGAUCCAACAUGAAUUUGUGCA